AUGUUUGAGUGUAAAUUGGAUGGCAUGUUUUUGAGGCGUUUAUUUGAGUCAUUGAAGGAGAUUUGUGGAGAUGUUAGUAUUGAUUGUUCAGACGAAGGACUAACAAUGCAGGCGAUGGAUAAUUCGCAUAUCUCACUCAUUCACUUAAAGCUCGCGCCUGACUUUUUUCAUCUUUAUAGAUGUGAUCUGCCGUGUACUCUGGGCCUAAACAUCUCCUUCAUGCUCAAAAUCCUAUCUGUCGUCAAGGAAAAAUCACUCAUUUACCUCUCAAGAGGUGAUAUGACAGAAGAUCCAGUACUCAACAUUAGGAUUAUCGAAGAUGUUGGAGCGAAUCUUACAUUAGAAUCAGAUUCAUUGGAAGCCCAGGUGAAGUUAAUAGAAGUGGAUCGAGAGCAUCUGGAGAUCCCAACGUGCGAUUAUUCGUGCAAGUGUGUAAUGAACUCGAAGAAGUUCCAGGAAUUUGCAAAGUAUUUGCACUCGAUUGGAGAAACAGUAACCAUAAGUAUGACAGAGAACGAAAUGAGGUUAGAAACCGAAGGAGAAGGAAUCAGAGCAAGUAAGCGCUUCCAUAGUGAUGUAGGUGAAGUGAGAGUUACAAGCCUAGAAAACCUCUCACAAAUCUUCGCAACGCGCUAUCUGGUGCUCUUUUCAAAGGCAACAAACCUGGCAGAACAGGUUUCAAUUAACUUGUCUGCUGGAAUUCCACUCUCAGUGAAGUUCGGAUUCGGUGAUGAGGAAGAUUCAAGCUUCAUCAACUUUUAUCUCGCACCAAAUAUUGAAGAAUAA